CUGGGAACGUGAGGCCGGUUAAAGCGAGGCGGCAGGUUGCGCGCUCGAGUAAGAGGACAAGAUGAAUUCUGCUGAUGGUAGCCGGAAGGAGCACGGUGCCAAGAGGCCUGCCUCGCCAAAUGAUAAUGGAUCUAGUACAACCUGGGAAUCUGCUGAUUUAGGUGACGAUGAGCGGAAGCUAAAAUUCCUAAGGCUUAUGGGAGCUGGGAAGAAAGAUCACAGUGGACGUGCACAUCCAGGUGAUCACAAGUCAACUUCGCACUUCAGAACGGGUGAUGAAGAUAAAAAAAUAAAUGAGGAAUUGGAACAUCAAUUUCAUCAGAGUUUGGACAGUCAGCUGUCAGGAAGGAACAGGCGACACUGCGGAUUGGGCUUCAGUGAGCCUGAGCCAGUAGAUUCAGACCAGCAACAAGUCAGUACUGGUGGACACUUGGCAACCAAUAGCUUGAAUGAUUCUGAAAACAAAGGUCAGUCCAAGGAUUAUUCUUCAGAUGUGAAAUCCAGUAGUGAAGAACAUCAGUCAGAAGACACAAGUACCAAAAAGCAGGAUCUGAAAAGCAAUUAUAAAAUGAUGUUUGUAAAGUCAUCUACAAACUAGUACUAUCCUUUAACAAGGUCUCCUGGUUGAUGUUCAGGCUUGUAUAAUUACAAUACAUUUUACUGAGCAAAGAAUGCCAUUGGGUUUAUUUUCUGAGUUAGUAUGUGACUUGCUCUUACCAACGUUGUCCCAAAUGUUUCCUACAUUUGAUUUGUUUUUAAAUCUUUUGUGAAAAUGAUCUUGAGUUUUCUCACUUUGUGCUUGCAUUUUUACAAAGUUUAUCCCUUGCAUUUUAAAUGAGUUCUGUAUGUAAUGUCUAAAGUGAGAUGAAAUGGUGCAGGUUGAGUACACUUUAUCAGAAGUUCCAAAAUCUGAAAUAUCUAAAAUCCUUAUUUUUUUUUUGAGCAUUGACAUGAUACCAUAAAUGGUAAAAUUCCACAAGUGCUGGGAAGGGUCUCGGGUAAUGUGUAGGUCUCUGCACAUCAGACAAUUCUGAGAAGUGACCUCAUGUGAUGAACAGGUUAAUGAAGAAUCCCUGAAUAAAGCAAAAUAUGAAGAUCUUGCUUGUACAUCAUCAGUGUCAGAAUUAAUAUAUGCCUUAAUGGUAUGCUGAUUAUGAAACAUGCAAAGAUCUAUCAGGUUGAACUGAAAAUUGAAGAUAAUUAUGAAUAUUCUACUAGCUUGUUGUAGAAAUUUAAGAAAAAGCAUGGCGUUAAACUUUUAAAGAAUUUGCUGAUCAUGAAAAUCUAACACCAGAACAAGUCUAUGAUGCUAAUUGUUUUCAUACAUUACAUAAAACUUAAAAAAAAAUGAUAUAAUGUACUGUAACCUUUUAGUCAAAACAGCAUCGGAGGUGGAGACUGGAAAGCCUGUUUGGUCUUGUUCAACAACAGUUGAUUCAGGUAUUCUCCCAAUGCUGCUGUGCUGUUUUUGUUUCCCUGUACACAUCAUAUUUUCAUUAUAUUAAUGGUAUGUCAUUUUUACUGUUAAGUACAUAUGUGAUGAACAAGUGAAGACAAAAGACUGCUUUUACCAGUAGCACAUAAACUCAAGUUGGAAAUGAAGGUGAUCCCAUGCUACUUAAUUAUAUUCCAAAAUCUGAAAUCCUAAACACUUCCAGCCCCAAGCAUUUUGGAUAAGGGGUACUCCACCUGUACUUCAUUCUUGUGUAAUUUAUAGAUGCACAUCAUUAGUCCAAUUUUUUGAUAACUGUUAUGGGAUUUAAAAACUUAGUCAAGUUUAAAUGAAGGCUAAGAGAAACAUUUUUAGCUGUUCAUAUUGUACAUAUAUAUAUAAAAUAAAAGUUGACAUC